CUUUUUAAGGAACAAUCAGGAUCAGCUAGAAGAACAUAUUCACUUUCCAUGGCAGCAUACCCUCAGAACAUAGAAAAGAAAUCUGAAUGAUUAGAGAGGAGGGAAGACCCUGCAGAAAGAACUACUGACAAAGAGCAGGCAAUCACUCAUCAUGACCCAGGAAUUCCCUGAGGUGACAACUGAAUUUACCUAUGAUGAAGCAGCUGCAGUUUGUGAUCAAGUAAACAUCCAGGCAUUUGGGAAAGUAUUUCUGCCAGCCUUAUAUGCCCCUGUGUUUGUUCUUGGCCUGGUGGGGAACCUCCUGGUGGUUUUUGCCAUCGCGAAGGGCAGCCGACAGAAAAGCAUCACAGACAUUUUUCUCUUGAACUUGGCUAUCUCGGACCUGCUCUUCGUGAUCUCUCUUCCUUUCUGGGCUUUCUAUGUGAUGCAUGGAUGGACGCUUGGGAACAUUCCAUGCAAAAUCAUCUCCUCACUUUAUUAUGUGGGUUUCUUUGGGGGCAUGUUUUUCAUCACCGUCAUAAGCAUCGAUAGAUACCUGGCCAUAGUUCGGGCAGCAUUUUCUCUGAAAGCCAGAACAGUCAGCCAUGGCUAUCUUACCACUCUUGGGGUGUGGGCGGUAGCCAUUUUAGUCUCAGUGCCACAAUUUGUGUUCACCCAGGAGACAGAGGAACAAUGCAUCCCUAGGUACCCUGAUGAUCUUAAGGAAAUCUGGCCUAUUUUCUGCAAUGUGGCAAUGAAUGUCUUAGGGUUCCUUAUCCCAGCCUGUGUCAUGAGCUAUUGCUAUUUUGGGAUCAUCAGGACAUUGCUCUCCUGCAAAAAUGCCAAAAAAAAAAGAGCCAUCAAACUAAUUUUAGUGGUGGUGGUUGUGUUUUUCCUCUUUUGGACCCCAUACAAUGUACUGAUUUUUCUGGAAACUUUAAGACACUAUAAAUUGAUUAACCAAUGCCACGAAUUUAUCGACUAUGCAAUGCAUGCGACUGAAACACUAGCAUUCAGUCACUGUUGUCUCAAUCCAGUGAUCUAUGCUUUUGCUGGGGAAAAAUUCAGAAAGUACCUUUGUCACUUGUUUCUAAAGUGCUGCUUGUUCCUGUGCCCCUGUGGGCCCUGCCAUCGAUACCCGGCUAGCUCUCUAACUACCGCUCCAGAAAGCAUGCUAAACAGCAACCAGACCCAGAAUACCAGUGACCAGGAUGCCUCUGUCCUUCUGUGA